GGCGUGCUAUUACGCGCAAGAAAGCGACAUUCCCCUUUCCAGACGAUGGCUGCCGACCUCAAGCUCGUGCCCGAGCCCGAGCUUUUGUCCCGGACCUGCCACUCUAAUCGAUAUUUCACCAACCCCGAUGCUUUUCUCUCUCCCUUAGUUUCUCUACCCCUCUCUCCUUCUCGCUUUCCUUUUCUACGUGUAUAUGCGCGUAAGCGCACAUAAAACCCCUUCCAUUCUCUUUGUUUCUCCACGAGGUUUCACGUCAUUCGCCACCCUUUCUGACUUUGUCGACCUUCUAUCCGGCCAAUUCCCUACUCUACUUACUCUCUACCCGCCCUGUAACACCGUUGUUUCACGAGCCGCUAUGUUGUUUUCGCCUUUCCGUUUCACGCUUUUCCAUACUUUACGCCUUUCCAUCCUCCUCUUCUACCAUUACCUGUAUUCUUCUUCUCCACAUGUGCGCCUCCCUCCAUCCGUGUAAUAAGAAAAACGAUGGCAGUUAAGAAACUGCACGGCAGCGCGAGAAACAGAGUUUUCCGGUUUACCUUGAAAGCGACGCGUGACCGUCUCGAGUUCAGUCGUUUGCAUUUGCGCGUCGAGCGAAUUAACCGUCGCAGGAAACGUAACGGAGCGUGCGGGCGUGUUCGUUAGCGGCUCGCGUAUCUUCGUUCUCUCGCGUGUGUAUAUACCCUGCACGCGAGCGUUCGUGUAUCGUGAUUUUUCUGCCAACCGGGCGAUAGUGAACAAGACGACGAUAGUCGGUCGCGGAUGAGCCAACGACCACGGUAACGCUCGAUCUCGCCGAGGGUAAAAAGUGGCAGAAAGUGGCAGAAUCUCAACGGUGGCUCGAGCACCAAGCUGUCGGACGUGCACGAGGCUUCGACCUUCGUUUCGAGAUUCUAAUCUGAAAAGAUAAAUACAGAAGGAACGUGAAAGGGAGAAAGAGAAGUGUAAGAGACAUAAUGGGAUGGAGAGGUGAAAUACGGCAGGAAAAGCAAGAGACCGCGGUGCGGAGGUGAAAUGUCCAAGACGAUAGGCACGGACGAAAACAAAGAUGCGGUGGAAGCAGACGUGAAGGGGAGAAAAGAAAACGGGAAGGUUUAAGCGUUUUAUCGCUGCGCUGCUUCUGUGUCGAGUGUCUUGCCGCUUCCCUCUUUCCCCCUUUACGUCAUUUCGCUGCUUCGCAAGAAGAGGAUAUCGCUAUUAACUUACCUCACGGAUAUCCGCAUUGUUUCGCGUCAACCAGCCAACUCAGCUGACCUACAUUGGCCAGGCACCAGGCAAAAUGGGAUAUCGAGCCACUCGAUGCUCAUCUACGGAAAACUACUCGCGGUCCCUACAGGGAGACCCAGGUGCCUAGCGUCGUAUUCGUGCUUGUCACUGUCGUCGUCGUAGUCGUCGUUGAAAGUACUCUUUCAUCCAACACGGUUCGAUAUUUGUCGCAACGUCCACGCUACGGAACUUCUCGCUCGUUUUCCUAUAUUUCUUGUUGGCACACGUGGAUCGAACUCGGAUUCAAAAAGAGAAAAUUGACUCACCCGAGCUCGUGUCUCGCUUCCCGUAGCGGGAUAUUCGAGGACGAACUUGAUAUUUAUGUAUCGCUAGAGACGCGCGCAGCUCUAGAGAACUUCGAUCUACGAUCGACGAUCCAUGCAACUGAUUAACAGUCAAGUAAUGCGAUUCGUCAUUGCAUUUACGAAGGCACUCGGGUGCACCUCCUCUGUCUCCUCCUUCGAUCGCGUUAAAUAUAUUCAAUCUUACGCCGAGCACGAUCAAAGUUAUCAGAAUAACACAACGACAGUGUCCGGGGGUAUAGAAGAGCAACCAAAUACAAUGGAAAGUGCGUGUUGCUACUUUACAUCGCGUUAUAACGUUACGCUUUAAUAGUUGGAAUCGUUUCAGUCGCGUAACUAAAUCACAAGGCACGCCGAUUAGACGAUAAUCUAUGGUAAUCGUCGAUCAAGGCCGAUCGCAUAAGCUGCCCAGACAUUUGGUAUAGCUAUCAAGCGACGAACAACGAAGUUAACGAUACGAUACCGCCAGAUUGGUCCAAGUGUGCUCGAUAUCUCUGCAAAUUAUAGUUUUUCCACACAGAGAUGCGUGUAUCGAGAUGCGUGGUGUAUGAAAUAAGCGAACAGGAUUAAAAUGCAGGAAGAAAGACAGGAAGAUACGCGACACGGCAUGCUCCUAUAAAUAUGUAAUAGGAUUUCGUCGAAAUGAGGGACCAUCCGUCGCGCCUUUUCUCUGAUACGAGAACGGACGCGUAGAAAUGCCAGAAUGAGAGGAGUGGCGUUUCUGGGGACGGUGAGAUCGGCACGCGGAACUUUCCUGAGGACGCUCGUCUUCAUCUUCCUGGCGACGUUCCUCUGGCUUCAACUUCAUGUGAUCAGCCUGACCGGCCGAGAUUCCGCUGGACAGGCCUCGUCAAACGAGACGCUGUUCUCCCUCGUACCGCAAGAAUUACAUAGGUUUCUGAAAGAUCGUCGAAAUGGUUCUUCCUCGACGUUAACGAACGCGAGCACAGAAACGUUAACCGAGUUCGAAAUAACGGAGAUUCGUCGAAACAUAGAAAGGGCGAAUGCCGAGCAAAGAGUGUACAACGAAGAGUCUUUCGGUCCUUUGGCUAACGACGCUCCCAUAAUAGUGAUUCAAGUGCACACACGGCUCACCUACCUCAGACACCUGAUCGUGUCGUUGGCUCAAGCGAAAGGGAUUGAGCAAACCCUUCUGGUCUUUAGCCACGACGUUUGGCAUCCGGACAUCAACUAUCUCGUACAAAGUGUCGACUUCUGUCGUGUCAUGCAAAUAUUUUACCCUCACAGCAUACAGACUCAUCCUCGAACGUUUCCCGGCGAAGAUCCGAACGAUUGCCCUCGAAACAUUCGCAAAGAACAAGCUCUGAAUCUCGGCUGCAUCAACGCAAAGCAUCCGGACCUCUAUGGACACUACAGAGAAGCCAAAUUCACGCAGACGAAGCAUCACUGGUGGUGGAAAGCGAACCGCGUGUUCGAUCAAUUAUCGAUCACGAGAAAUCACACCGGCAUAGUUCUUUUCCUCGAGGAAGAUCACUACGUGGCCGAAGAUUUCUUGCACGUUCUCCGACUGAUGGAACGUACCUGUAAACAUAGCUGCAAAAGAUGCAACGUCCUGUCCCUGGGCACCUAUCUCAAAACCUACAAUUAUUUUGCCGAUUUCAGUCGAAAGUUCCUUGGCGUCAACAGCGCCCUGCAAAAGGAGCUACUGCGUGGAUUAAAAAGAUGGGAAGCAUCAGCGAGGCAACAGUCGGCUAAAGCCGAAGACAUCGUCGGUACCAGUGACAGCGGAAGAAUCAACGGAAUCCCAAGCAGCAGCAGCAACAGCGGCAGUGGGAGCAGCAGCACCGGCAGUAGCAGCAAUAGUACUCCUACUGGGGCGAGCAACAGCAAAAACAGCAGCGUUAGCGGAAAUGUCAUCGCUAGCAACACUGGCGCUGCCGCCAUCCUACCAAUUGCACGCAACGCACAGAUCGUGCAAUCUGCCUCCGCAUGGGCUUUCCAACUCCUACCCGAACUCUACAAUCAUUAUCAAAAGGCUGAAGUGAUUCCUUGGAUCUCGAGCAAACACAACAUGGGUAUGGCGUUUAAUCGCGUCACUUGGAACAAAUUGAGAAAGUGCGCCGCCCAGUUCUGUUCGUACGACGAUUACAAUUGGGACUGGAGUCUUCAACAUAUCGCGCAAACUUGUAUGCCACCGAGCAAAGGACCCGGAAUCGCGCCUCGUACAGAAUCUGGUUUAAUCACGAUGAUGAUGCGAGCGCCCAGAGUUUUUCACAUCGGAGAAUGCGGAGUCCAUCACAAGAAAACCAAUUGCGAAUCGACUGCUGUGAUAGCAAAGGUUCAAAACGUCCUAAAGGCUGCCCGAGACCAUCUUUUUCCUACUCAACUGACGCUUACUGUAGCUGGCACUGCGAAAAAGACGAAGCUCAGGAAGGGCAAUGGUGGAUGGGGCGACACACGGGAUCAUCGGCUUUGUUGGAACAUUACCGUUUAUCCGGAUCUUGUUUUACCUUGAGACCAAACUCUCGAACGAACGACAUCGAAAUAUCCUUUCAAUUUCUUCUUUUUUCUUCGCAAACCCUCCUCUAUUUCUCUACCUGCCUUGUUCUUUGUCCAAAAAGUCGCAUCCCGCUCAGCCCGUUUCGUUCCCGCCUCGUCCUGACUCAUCCAGUUUCGUCUCUCGUGGAAGAUGCUCGUUUAACAAGUUCCUUCGCGUCGACGAAUUAUUGUAUCGAUCCCACGGUCUGUUAUCAGAUCGCGCGGCAUCCCUAGCGGCGUACUUAUCUUUAUAUUCGUGCUAAACUUAGCAACCGAUUCAGGCGGCGGAAGCACAUUUCGCGCUUAGCGACUCAGCUCCUUAACGAAUUUGCGUCUCGACCGGUCGCCGAAGUCCCAGAGAAACACGCUUAUCACGUAUUCUAGUCAUCGUACCCAAUGAUGAUUAACGAUAAAUGGGUAACAAAAAAAAUGGUCGUUGUCUGUCUAUAAAUUGCUUCCAGUAAGGUAGCAAACAACGUUAGACUGACAAUACUUCCCGCUCGAGACGAUCCAGACUUUUGAACUUGGAGUGACUCCGAGAGCGAACCAAAGCCAUCCACGAGUCGCGAAAUUUACAUAGGAUACGUUUUAUAUUUGUAACGAGAAUCAACGAAAAUAAACGAAUCGACCGAUUUUCUCGUA